AUGUUUGCCCAUGGUACGGAUAACAAUAACGCUCCUUUUGUUCUCCCUACAUCAUUGCUCCUGCUGCAGAACAUCAGCUACCCUGAAACCUCGAUCCCUUCUGCUAGCCAUGAGACAACAGAAUCAGGCAAGGAGGGCAGGUCAAACAGGAACCAUAUCGUCUUGCAGUAUGAUCUGAGGCCAGGGGAAAUCAUAGCAGCCAGCAUGAUUUUUGGAGUGUUAUGGCUGUUUUCAAUCUUUGGAAACUCCCUUGUUUGCUUAGUGAUCCACAGGAGCAGGAGGACACAAUCAACCACCAACUACUUUGUUGUCUCAGUGGCUUGUGCAGACCUUCUCAUCAGUGUGGCAAGCACGCCAUUCGUGUUGCUCCAGUUUACAUCAGGCAAGUGGACGCUGGGGAAUGUGAUGUGUAAGUUGGUAAGGUACAUACAAUAUCUCACCCCUGGAGUCCAGAUAUAUGUGCUGCUUUCCAUAUGUGUGGAUCGAUUCUACACUAUUGUCUACCCCCUGAGCUUCAAAGUGUCGAGAGGGAAAGCCAAGAAAAUGAUUGUAGCAUCUUGGAUCUUUGAUGCUGCGUUUGCAUCACCAACUUUCUUUUUCUACGGCUCCAACUGGGAUGACCACUGCAACUUUUUUCUCCCAGAUUCUUGGGAGGGAGCCAUCUACAGUAUCAUCCACCUCCUUAUGGUGUUUUUGAUCCCAUCCAUUCUCAUUAUCCUAUUCUACCAAAAAGUCAUCAAGUACAUAUGGAGAAUAGGCACUGAUGGCAGGACUGUCAGGAGAACAAUGAAUAUUGUUCCAAGGACAAAAGUGAAAACCAUCAAGAUGUUUCUAAUGUUAAAUUUACUAUUUCUUCUGUCCUGGCUCCCUUUUUAUGUGGUACAGCUGUGGCAUCCACAUGAAACAGACUACAGAAAGAGUUCCUUGGUUUUCAUGGCUGUCACAUGGAUCUCUUUUAGCUCUUCAGCCUCUAAACCAACCCUAUAUUCAGUGUAUAAUGCAAACUUCAGAAGAGGGAUGAAAGAAACUUUUUGCAUGUCCUCCAUGAAAUGCUACAGAAGUAAUGCAUACACCAUCACCACUAGUUCAAGGUUAGCCAAAAAAAAUUACGUUGGGAUCUCAGAAAUUCCAGCACCAUCCAAAACUGUAACCAAAGACUCAAUCUAUGAUUCAUUUGACAGAGAAGCAAAGGAAAAAAAGCUUGCCUGGCCUAUUCAUGCAAACCCUCCAAACACAUUUGUCUAA